AUGGCAGUCACAAUAGUCGGUUUCGUCUCCUCGAAAUGUCAUCGUGGUUCCCAGAGGGCGGCCAAGGACAGCAAAUACACCAUCAGCCAACGUACCACAGAUUACCCACAUCCACCAACACUACAAGGCUUUACCCAGAGCGUGACUCAGCUCACUCGCGUGCCCAAGACAUGCAAAGCCGAGCAUACCCACAGCCAACGUACCCACAGGCAAAUAAUAUACCCACAGCCAACGUACUUACAGGCAAAUACACCCACAGCCAACGUACCCACAGCCAUACCCACAACCAAACAUCCUCACAGGCUCUACCCACAGCUGGACCUCGGCCACUCGCUGCCCAGACAUGCCCCGGGUCGUUCGAGUAGCGCUCAGCAGGUCAAACUACAGUCAUUUAAUUACAAAGGCUCUAACAUUAUCACAACUUGCCCACGUAACUUAGAAGAACAGAAGCGUAAUGUGGGAUCUAAGAAAGUGAAAGGAGCGCGACCCAAAUAUGGCAACACCGCUGUCGCCAGAUAUUAUGUUUGCAUGGACCCCUACAUCUUCACUUUCGAAGUUCUCCUGACGACGCUGGAGACGAAGCUGCGUCGCGUCGAGAACAUGGACCGCGCCCUCGAGAGGCUCGUCCGCCGCAUGGACACCAUGGAGACGCGCCUCGCCAUUAACCUCAAUACCACGUCGCAGAUGGCCCACAUGCUCGAGACCCGCCUGGUGGACCCCAGCAGCUACCGAACCCGCAGCGAGGACACAGACGGCGGCAACACCAGAGGCAGCGGCAGCGGCUCGAGCACCAGCAGAGCCGACAGCCUGAUGGACCAGCGCCUGCACCUGCUGACGGAACACGUUGCGCGGAUCGACAGCAAGCUCUCGACCAUGCAGAAGGCGCUCGACACCAACUCCAUCUCCACUGCGCCCGACGAGCUCAUUGCGGCGGCCUCUGAGAGCUACCGCGUGGGCGUGAAGGUCCCCCGAGAGCAGAUCCUGGAAAAGACGCCAGUCCUCGAUCAACUGCAAGAAUCGAUGGACUCCUUGCGCGAGUCCGUGAGCUCCAUGGACCGGCGGCUGCAGUUCCACAUGGCCUACGUCUCCGGGGACCUCGAGACGCUCUCGGGGUCCGUCAGGGACAUCCACGACGCCAUCCUCGAGGAGCACCUUCCGGCCACCGACGCCACGACGCUGCCGCCGGGGAGCAAUAUGACCCGUCAGUCAGCGCCUCUGAACAAGAUCGAUUCCCUCGUGAGCAAGAUGUCUCCAAUGGAAACUGUUUGGGAGAAAAUGGAGGAGGUGUGGGACGUCGUGGUUGGCACCAAGAGCUCCGUGGACGUGCUGGUGCCAAAGAGCGAGGCACUCCUCAACACGUCGCAGAGGCAAGAGCGAGCGAUAUCGACCAUACAAUCCGACCUCACGGAAAAGGCUAAUCGCAUCAUCCAUAAUCUCGGACAGGUGGAGGAACGCCUGAAGACGAUGCCCAUGGACGGCAAACCCCAGCGGGACCACAUCAACCCCGUGUCCCUGUUACACCGCUCGACCCAAGGACACGUGCAGGACGACGCCCCCAUCGAGACCGACCCGCCGUUUGACCUGCUGGACCAAGCCUCCUUGCAGACCUAUUUAAUGGAGAGGAAUGUAACAGAUGCGCCCACGACUACCGAGAGAUCGGCCGUCGGUCCCUCAGGGUUGGUGUUCCCCUCCGUGCAGAAGAAACCGGUCAUUCUCAACACCACGUUCAUGAUCAACGAGCUGAACGACCAAAAGAAGCAAGGGUAUUCGUGCGGUGACCUCAGCAAGAGAGGAAUGGUGGAGAGUGGAACUUACUAUCUCAAAAUACGUGGAACUACUUACUGGUUCCUGAAGGUCUAUUGCGACAUGGAAACAGCAGGAGGCGGAUGGACGGUGAUCCAGCGCCGCGACGACUACGGCGAGCCUCGCGAGACCUUCAACCGCGAGUGGGACGACUACAAGCACGGCUUCGGGAACCCCGAGGCGGAGUUCUGGCUCGGCAACGAGAAUAUCUACAUGCUCACCAACACGGACGACUACACGCUCAGGGUCGAGCUCGAGGAUUUCGAUGGGAACAGGAGGUACGCUGAGUAUUCAACCUUCAAACUGCACAGCGAGCAAGAGAUGUACAAACUGGAGAUCGGAGGCUAUUCGGGCAAUGCGGGAGACUCUCUGAACGACCCCUGGUAUGGGUCCAAUCUCAGCCCAUUCUCUACUGUCAACAGAGACAACGACCGAUCGAGUCUGAACUGCGCGUCUAUGCUGAAGGGCGGCUGGUGGUGGCGCUCCUGCGGAAGAGGGCUUAACGGCCUCUACCUCACAGAUCCCAAUGACUUAUCGGCUCGGCAAGGAAUCGUGUGGUUCAGAUGGAGAGGCUGGGAUUACACCCUCAAGAAAUCCGUGCUCAUGAUCAGACCCAAAUCCCACAGCACCGGCAACCAACAGUCGUAAGAUCGAGGAGACGGAAAAGAAGAAAAAAAAGGGGAAAUAUAUAAAGGAAAAUGAACUCCGGUUGCGAGCAAGAACAAAAUGUCUUGUGACUGAAAGAGAGUGAUAACUGAACUAUGUGACGCACCUUUUGUAUCCAACUCGUGAAUUGUUAUUGAAAUAUUGGUACUUCCGGGGUUGACUUUAUUAUUGCUUGUAGGGGUUAAUGCAGGUGCAGCGAAAAAGAUAAAAAAAAAAGUUGUAAAAAAAAAAAAA